AUGCCGGCAAACAAAGUAGCUCUGAUUACCGGCGGAGCCAGUGGUAUGGGCUUGGAGGUGGCACAAGCUCUAUCAAAACGUGGAGGCUGGGAUAUACACCUUCUCGACUUGAAUGAAGAGCGAGGAAAUGCAGCCAGCGCCAAGGUGGGCGGCAAAUUCUAUAAGACAAACGUCAACAGCUACGAUAACCUCGCGUCUGUCUUCGAUCAAAUAUUCAAAUCUACAGGGCGACUAGAUUUCGUUUUUGCAAAUGCCGGGAUUGUCGAAAGAUGGGACUUUUAUGGCAAGCACGAGCAAUCGCCACCGCCAGAGCCGGACCUGCUAAGCAUUGAUAUUGAUUACAAGUCCGUGGUCACGACGUCGUACUUAGCUCAGCAUUAUUUCAGACUAUCGAAAGAUAACUACGGGACUGGGGAGCAGAGUUUGGUCAUGACUGCCAGCUGCGGCGGUUUUUAUCCGAGCCCUUUCAGUCCCAUGUAUGCGGGGGCAAAGCAUGCGGUAGUCGGCUUCAUGAGGUCAAUUGCGAAAGCAUUCUACUUCAAUGACAAGAUUCGCGUCAAUUGCAUCUGCCCUGGAACCGUAAAGACAAAUCUUCUCGACAGCGAGGCUUGGAAGCAGUUCCCAGACGAUUAUUUCACUCCUGUAGAAAAAAUCGCCGAGGUCGUUUUAAUGCUUGUCGACGGUGGAGCUAUGAGCGACUCUAAAGGGAACAAAGUGGAGGCAGGGUCUGAUUAUAUGAGAAGCGUCGAGAUCAAUGGAACGAACCACUACUUCAGGGACCAAAUCCCGUACUGCGAUGAAAAAAUGGCUGCAGUCAUGAAGGCUACCGACAUCAUCGAUUCCGGCAAGGGAUCUUUCUUCAAUCCGAAAUAG